UAAGGGGAAAACGUUAGGAGAGCCAUGGCGAACCCAGGACAAAAAGUGGUCCUAAUCACCGGUUGCUCCUCCGGGAUCGGGCUGAGGAUGGCGGUGAUGCUCGCUAAGGACGAGAAACAGCGCUAUCACGUCAUUGCCACCAUGCGAGACCUGAAGCGUAAAGACAAGCUGGUGGAGGCAGCAGGUGAUGCGUACGGGAAGAGCCUUUCUCUAGCUGUGUUGGACGUGUGUACGGACGAGUCAGUCAAGCAGUGUAUCGACGGAAUCAAGGACAGACAUGUAGACGUACUCAUUAAUAAUGCAGGUAUAGGUCUGGUGGGACCGGUGGAAAGCAUCAGUAUAGCUGAGAUGAAGAGUGUGUUUGAGACCAACUUCUUCGGUGUGAUCCGGAUGAUCAAGGAGGUGAUGCCAGAUAUGAAGAAGAGGAAGGGAGGACACAUCAUAGUGGUCAGCAGUGUCAUGGGACUACAGGGGGUCGUGUUUAAUGAUGUGUAUGCUGCCUCUAAGUUUGCCAUGGAAGGGUUUUGUGAGUGUCUGGCUGUACAGCUGCUCAAGUUUAACGUCACUAUGUCUAUGAUAGAGCCAGGCCCGGUCCAUACAGAGUUUGAAUCUAAGAUGAUUCAGGACGUCCGUCAGAAAGAGUUCCCUGGGGCCGAUGCCGAUACCGUCAACUACUUUAAAAACGUCUACCUGCCCUCCUCCGUCGACAUCUUUGAGACGCUCGGACAGACCCCCGAUGACAUCGCCAGGUGUACUAAGAAGGUGAUUGAGCAGGGCAGUUCUGCGCGGUUCCGGAACCUUACCAACCCGCUGUACACGCCCAUCGUGGCACUGAAGUAUGCAGAUGAGACGGGCGGCCUGUCGGUGCACGCCUUCUACCAUAUGUUGUUCAACCUGGGGCCCCUGAUGCACGUUAGCAUGAAGGCUAUGCAGUACCUGACCUGUGGAUGUCUACGCUCCAGGACCAUCUCCCCUAACUAG